ACCUUUACAUCCUUCAAUCCCUCACGUUUCACAUCCAGAACCAAUUCCAAACCAUGUCUCCUUUCUUCCUCUUCUUCUUCCUCCUCUCAAAUUUCCCCCCACCUUCAUUCUCCCAAAACCUCUCUUCCUUCUCCUCCUCCGACUCCACAUGGACCCCCACCCAAAACAAACAACUCCUCUCCCCCAACUCCCUCUUCGCCGCCGGCUUCCAGCCUGACCCCACUUUCCCAAACCGUUUCACUUUCUCAAUUUGGUACCUCAAUAUCUCCCAAACCACCGUCGUCUGGUCCGCCAACGAUCCCAACCACCCUCUCAGCUCAACCGCCUCUCUUCUCAUCUCCGCUACCGGUCAACUCCGGCUGGUGAACGACUCCACCUCCGGCUCCAAUUUGUGGCCUGGAACACCAUCUUCUAACACAAACGCUUCAAAACUCGUAUUACAAGAUAACGGGAAUCUUGUAUAUGAUAAAUGGGAGAGUUUUGAUUUUCCUACUGACACAAUCUUGCCGAAUCAGACAAUUACUGCAGACACGAAGUUGGUCUCCAGAAAUGGGAAAUUUAGCUUCUUGAAUGCGUCGGUGCUGGUAUUUCUCUCUUUAAAUGACAGUUACUGGAGUUCGGAUUAUGCGAUUCAAGUGCUUGACGAAGAAGGGAAGCUGGAGAAGGUGAAUCAAGCAACAGCUUUUUCAGCAGAUUUCGGCGAGACCAGGUUAAGAAGAUUAAAACUUGACGACGAUGGGAAUCUCAGAAUUUACAGUUUUGAUCAGAGUCAAUGGACAACGGUCUGGCAAGCCGUUCAAGAAUUCUGUACAAUUCAUGGCGUUUGUGGAGAAAACGCUAUAUGCCUAAACGACGCCGCCGCAGGCUCGGAUAAUUUCUCAUGUGUUUGCCCGCCGGGGUUCAAGAACAGCUCCAGCCAAUCCUGUGAAAGGAAAAUUCAGCUCGAAAACCCCGGAAACACCAAGUUCUUACCGCUUGAUUAUGUUAAUUUCUCCGGUGGCUCCAAUCAAACAAGUCUGAAGAUUGCUAAUUUUUCUCUCUGUGAAUCAACUUGCAGGCAGAACCCGAAAUGUCUUGGAUUCGGAUUCAAGUACGACGGAAAAGGCUAUUGCGUUAUUCAGGACAAAUUGUUAAACGGGUACUGGUCACCGGGAACAGAAAUGACAUUUUUUUUGCGGGUGGACAAGUCGGAAUCGGAGGUUUCAAACUUCACCGGAAUGACCAGCUUAUUGGAAACGACAUGUCCGGUGAAGAUUACCCUCCCUCCACCGCCGAAAGAUUCCAAUUCCACCACCAGGAAUAUCAUAAUUGUGUGCACACUUUUUGCGGCGGAGCUGAUUUCUGGGGCGUUGUUCUUCUGGGCUUUUUUGAAGAGGUAUAUCAAAUAUAGAGACAUGGCUCGCACUCUUGGGCUUGAAUUGUUGCCAGCGGGUGGGCCGAAGCGGUUUACCUAUGCGGAGCUCAACGCAGCCACUAAUGGAUUCUCAAAUCUCAUCGGAAAAGGUGGGUUUGGUGAUGUUUAUAAAGGGCAACUGCCGGAUCAUCGGGUUGUUGCCGUGAAGCGUUUGAGUCAUGUCACUGGUGGCGAUGCUCAGUUUUGGGCCGAGGUUACAAUUAUUGCCCGUAUGCACCACCUGAAUUUGGUUAGGUUAUGGGGCUUCUGUGCUGAGAAAGGCCAAAGAAUACUGGUCUACGAAUAUGUUCCGAACGGAUCUCUAGAUAAAUAUCUCUUUCGGGUGGGUCAAAUCGAGUCUUCUAAACCUGGAAUGGAAUUGGAUCCGAGUGUUGAUGAUCAAGAAAAGCCUAUUCUUGAUUGGAAUAUCCGAUAUCGAAUUGCACUUGGGGUGGCAAGAGCAAUUGCAUAUUUACAUGAAGAAUGUUUGGAGUGGGUUUUACAUUGCGAUAUCAAACCUGAAAACAUACUUCUUGGGGAUGACUUCUGCCCAAAAAUUUCUGAUUUCGGAUUAGCCAAAUUGAGAAAAAAAGAGCAUAUGGUAAGUAUGUCUAGAAUUCGAGGGACUCGCGGAUACAUGGCACCUGAAUGGGUAAAAUCAGAUCCGAUUACCCCAAAAGCAGAUGUUUAUAGUUUCGGAAUGGUGUUAUUAGAAAUUGUAAGUGGGACGAGGAACUAUGAGAUGAGAGGGUCCAAGAUAAAUAGUGAAGAGUGGUAUUUUCCUAUGUGGGCUUUUGAAAAGGUGUUUAAGGAGAUGAAAGUGGAGGAUAUUUUAGACCGUCACAUAAAGAAUUCUUAUGAUUGUCGGAUGCAUUUUGAUAUGGUGGAUCGAAUGGUGAAGACAGCGAUGUGGUGCCUUCAAGAUCGGCCGGAGAAUAGACCAUCAAUGGGAAAAGCUGCCAAGAUGUUAGAAGGAACUGUGGAGAUUAUGGAACCGAAAAAGCCCACCAUCUUUUUCUUAGAAGAAGAGUAGAUAAAUCUACUUUAAUUAGCUUUAUAAUGUAAUGAAGGUAUGUUUACUAGGUAUUUUCAAUCUAAUGUUUCAUUUUUAUAAUAAGAAUCGAGUUUUGACUUA